GGCGGUUUUUCUUCAACAGUCAAACGCAGAAGAUAUGGACUUUGCAGAACUGAGAAGAGCUGUAGAGGAGGUCGAGCUCAUCGACGCUCACGCUCACAAUAUAGUUGAGCUGAACUCCAACUUCGCUUUCAUCCAUGCCUUCUCUGAAGCCUACGGGGAUGCCGUUUCUUUCGCACCCCACUCUAUAUCCUACAAGAGAAGUGUAAGAGAAAUUGCUGAACUCUAUGGAUGCCAAUGUUCUUUGCAAAGUGUUGAAGAAUAUCGAAGAGUUUCUGGAUUGCAAUCCAUCUGUUCUAAGUGCUUCAAAGCUGCAAAAAUCUCCGCCAUACUCAUUGACGAUGGGUUAGAAUUGGAUAAAAAGCAUGAUUUAAAGUGGCACGAGAGUUUGACACCUCUUGUUGGUAGAAUCUUAAGAGUUGAACGGUUGGCCGAGAAAAUUCUUGAUGAAGUGUUGCCACAUGGAUCUCAUUGGACAUUGGAUAAGUUCACUGAAGCAUUUGUCUCAAAGUUGAAAUCGGUUGCUAGUGAAAUCUUUGGAUUGAAAAGCAUUGCUGCAUAUCGUAGCGGUCUUGAAAUCAAUACAAAAGUGACCAACAAGGAUGCAGAGAAGGGUCUCAAUGAAGUGCUAAUUGCUGGGAAGCCGUUCCGUAUAACAAACAAGAACCUUAUUGAUUACAUCUUCUUGCAAAGCUUGGAAGUUGCUCAGUCUUAUGACUUGCCAAUGCAGAUACACACAGGCUUUGGAGAUACAGAUCUAGAUAUGCGACUAUCCAAUCCUCUUCAUCUCCGUGCAGUUCUUGAGGACAAGAGAUAUUCCAAGUGCCGUAUAGUUCUUUUACAUGCAUCCUAUCCAUUCUCCAGGGAAGCAUCAUAUCUUGCCUCUGUUUACUCCCAGGUGUACCUCGAUUUUGGGUUGGCAAUUCCAAAGCUUAGUGUUCAUGGAAUGAUAUCUUCAGUUAAAGAGCUAUUGGAGCUGGCUCCAAUAAAUAAGGUGAUGUUCAGUACUGAUGGCUAUGCAUUUCCUGAAACAUUCUACUUAGGUGCAAAGAAGUCUCGUGAAGUUGUUUUCUCUGUUUUACGGGAUGCAUGCAUUGAUGGUGAUCUCUCAAUUCCUGAGGCUGUGGAAGCCGCUAACGACAUCUUUGCACGAAAUGCAAUCCACUUUUACAAGAUUAAAUCAGCCACUGGUACUAUCACUUCACGCAACAUCCUGUCCCAAAAGUCAAAUAUUGCCUUAGAGGCUGAAUUGUCACUUGUUCGUCUCAUGUGGGUUGAUAUUUCUGGACAGCAUAGAUGCCGUGUUGUUCCGGGAAAGCGUUUCAAUGAUGUCGUUAAGGAGCAUGGGGUUGGUUUGGCAAGCGGCGUUGUAGCAGUACCUUCUUAUCUUGAUACAACAGUAGAAGGGUCUGGUUUGACUGCAGUUGGUGAAGUAACCAUAAUGCCUGAUUUGUCUACAAAAAGCAGAAUUCCUUGGAGCAAGCAAGAGGAAAUGGUUUUGUGUAAUUUGCAAACUAAACGAGGUGAAGCAUGGGAAUAUUGCCCAAGGGAGGCCUUAAGAAGAGUGUUAAAGAUUCUGAAACAUGAAUUUGACUUGGUAGUGAAUACGGGGUUUGAGAAUGAAUUUUAUCUCUUGAAGAGUGUAACUAGGGAAGGGAAAGAAGAAUGGGUGCCGAUUGACUCGACUCAUUACUCCUCCACGUCAGCAUUCGAUGCGACAUCCCCCGUAUUUCAGGAAGUCAUUGCUGCUCUUCAUUCCUUGGGUAUUUUAGUGGAACAGGUACAUGCAGAAGCUGGAAAAGGUCAGUUUGAAGUGAUUCUGAGCUAUUCGACCUGUACUGAAGCUGCGGAUCAGUUAAUCUACACUCGUGAGGUUAUCAAGUCAAUUGCAAGAAAGCAUGGGCUGCUGGCAACUUUUAUGCCAAAGUGCUUUUUGGAUGACAUUGGCUCUGGAGCUCACGUGCAUCUUAGCCUGUCACAGAAUGGUCAAAAUGUAUUUAUGGCAUCGGAUACAUCGUCUAAAUAUGGAAUAUCGGCUAUAGGAAAGAAAUUCAUGGCAGGAGUUCUACAUCACAUUUCUUCAAUUUGUGCAUUUAUAGCACCUCAUCCUAACAGGUUGCUCUUCCUAAUAGCAGUCCAUCAUUAUCUUAUCAUGAUUAUUUUUGAAAUUUCAGUACGGUCAUAAUUUUGCUAUCUCUUA